AUGGUGAGUUCUAUUUCCAUGGCCGAAGAUCGGCAUGGCCUAAAAACCCAAACCUCGUCCCCCUCCCAAAUCCUCCAUGUUUCCUUUCAGAAUACUCGAGCUGAUAUGCCCUAUUCGGAACGUUGUCCACGUUGUCAAAUGAUAGUUGUGACACGUGUCCAAUAUUCGACCGGCACUUGUUGGUGGGUGAUUUUCAUCCUUGGUGUCUUGGUGAUUUGCUGGCCAAUGUUGUUCUUUUUGUGUUGUAAUAUUUCCAAAGAUGUCAGCCAUUUUUGUCCGAAUUGUGGAACUUUGAUUGCUGUCAAUAGACGUGGAUGCUAA